ACUCAGCCAUUUUCCACACCAAGAAAAUGUUUUUCCUGAGUGAAAUAGAGCACACUUUGAUGUUGCCCCCUCACCUCCUCAAUCGACCCCUCGAUGAAGCCAUUAAAGAGCAGCUCGACUUAAUCUUCCUCGACAAGGUUAUUGAUAAACAGGGCUUAUGUGUUAGUGUGUACGAUAUUCGGUCAAUUACUGGCGGUUUCAUACUUCCUGGUGAUGGGGCUUCAACUUACACGGUGAAGUUCAGGCUGGUAAUGUUUAGUCCGUUUGUGGGAGAGAUCAUAACAGCUCGGCUUAAAGAAUCUACGGUGGAUGGUUUACGAUGGUCAUGCGUUAUUUUUGCUGUGUAA